AUGACGCCCACCAUGCCAGGCCUCCCUAUCCGCCGUUCAGCUUUUGGUUGUCGAAGGCCCUUCCAGCGGCGAGGCAGAGGCCGAAAUCGCCCAGCGCGGCCUUCGAGGAGCGGCAGGAAGCAGCAUUUCUGGCGAUUCCACCCCAACAGCGCCUUCGCCGAGCUCCGCGAGUGCAUCCCCAACGUGCCGGCCGACACGAAGCUCUCCAAGAUCAAGACGCUGCGCCUGGCCACCAGCUACAUCGCUUACCUCAUGGAGGUGCUCGCCAAGGACGGCCCGGCCGCCGAGGGCUUCAAGGCCGAGCUCAAGAAGGCCGAGCCCCGCGAUGCUAAGAGGAAGCGCGAGCAGCCGCAGCCCGUGGGAUAUUCUCACGCUUUAGGUCACGGCGAAAAAAGGCUUAAGGGCAGGACUGGGUGGCCUCAGCAGGUCUGGGCGCUGGAACUGAAUCAAUGACCCCCGGAGUUUCCCGACGCGACGAAGAAGAAUCUCCAACUGUGGCGGCGGACCGGACGGGGCGGCACGGCGGGCUCUUCUCCGCAGCGCGCCUUCCCCCUCUUCCCUGCCGUGCCAAAGAGCAGCCGCGCAGCUCUUCCCCUCGCCUGCCUUCCCUUUCGAAGCGUCGGAGGGCCCGUGCAAUGUGGGAGCCGCGGUGGAGGAUACUACACGCCAAGAAAAAGAGGAGGGGAGGCCGAAAAGUAGCCGGCCGCCCCUUGGCUGGACUUGGAUCCGAAGCCAUUCACACGCACGUGCUUCAUGCCCCGGACAGCUGUCUACCUCCUGAGCGAGGCCAAAAGGGAGGCGCCUCCUCGGGAAGCGUCCUCCGCGCCCUGUUUUAAAUUUGGCGGAACCAGGGUGUGGCGUCCUCCGCGUAACUUUUGAGGAUUGCGAACCGUCUGAAUAGCGAUUCGAGAUGCCCAAAGCGCCAGAGAGGAUCUCCCCCCCCCC